UUGGCAGAGAUCAUAGGCGUCGGCUGCACUCACUACCCUCCGCUAAUAACCCCGGACGAAGACCGCGGCUUUCCCAUCAACGUCACGCUGAACCGCGAUGAGCGCCUGCCAGAGGAGCUCAAGAAUCCGCUGAACUGGCCCGAACCGAUGCGGGCCGAGUACGGCGACGACCAGGGAAUGGCAUCGGCCGCGGUGCACCGGACGAGGCUGGUCGAGGGAUUCCGGCGAGUCCGCAAAGAGAUUCUCGACUUCAACCCCGACUUCGUGGUUGUAUUCGGCGAUGACCAGUACGAGAAUUUCCGGGAAGACAUAAUCCCUCCCUUCUGCAUCCUGGCCUAUGAGGGGUUCCAGUGCACGCCGUUUAUGCGGCACGGGACUCCGCGCCGGAAUGUGUGGGAGGAACCGGCAGACAAGGUGUUCUCAUACAAGGGCCAUCCCGAGGCGGCGCGGCUUUUGGCGGGAGGAUUGCUGGACUCCGGCGUUGAUAUGGCCUACGCCUACCGCCCAUUGCACGAGCCGGGACUGGCCCACGCAUUCAUCAACACGCUGCUUUACCUGGACUAUGACCGUGAGGGGUUUGACUUUCCGGUCCUGCCCUUUGCCGUCAACUGCUACGGCCGGGCUGUGAUCAGCAAUCGCGGAGGCAUCCUUCCGCACAAGGUGGACGGACAGGCGCUGGAGCCGGACCCGCCGGGACCGUCGCCCAAGCGAUGCAUGGAGGUUGGGGCGGCGUUGGCCCGGGUGCUGCAGGACAGCCCUUACCGGGUCGCGCUGGUUGCCUCCUCGAGCUGGUCCCAUGCGUUCCUGACCGCCAAGAACAACUACCUAUGGCCGGAUGUACCCGCCGACCGUGCGCUGUACGAAGAGCUGAAGCAGGGCAACUUCGAGGCCUGGCGCACCCGCACCACCGCCGACAUGGAGGCUUCAGGCCAGCACGAGUUGCUCAACUGGGCCUGCAUGCUUGGAGCGAUGUGCGAGCUUGGCGCUAAGCCCACCGGCAUGGACUUCGUCGAGACGCGGGUAUUCACCUCCAACAAGGUUUUCGCCACGUUCAAGGCUUAG